CGUCUGUUUUGUCGGCAGGCGGCUAUCGUGUCGAUUAUAGUUUGCAGAAAGUGGUUUCCGCUCGCGUACAUAAGAUCACAAAAAGGUCUUUGAUUUUAUUUAAGCAUAAUAAGUGAUACUGAAGUUAACGAAUCAAUAAAACGUUGCUAUUUCAUAAUUACUUGUGAUGAGUUCUCGACACCGUGAUAGGAGCAGAUCUCGUUCGAGAGACCGUGAUCGUCAUAAAGAUCGUGAUCGCGAGAAGAACAGAGACCGGGAUAGGGACCGCGACCGCGACAAGGACCGGGAUAGAGAUCACGGUCGUGAUAGAGACCGCGAUAGGGACCGUGAUCGUGAUAGGGACAGGGAUAGGGAUAGAGAUCGCGAUAGAGACAGGGACCGGGAUAGGGAUCGUGAUCGAGACCGCGACAGGGACCGCCGUCGUUCCAAAAGGGAUAAAGAUCGAGAAAGGAGCAGAAGUAGAGACAGACAUAAGGACAAACGCCGCAGCAAGAGCCGCUCUCGAAGUCGCAGUCGAGGCAGGAAGUCUAAAGAUAGAGAUGGCACCAUCGCAUUACUGGACCAAAUGGUCGGUACAACAACCAAGGCUACAGCUCGGCCCGUGAUAAAUAAUGUCACUGCAUUGAACCCUGCCGCUCAGGCUGCCAUCAUGGCUGCGGCUGCUGUUGCUCAGCGCCGCGCGGGAGCCGGCGUGCAGCCCGCCGCCGCCGCCGCCGCCGCGCUGUCCGCCGCCGCCGCCGUGCCGCCGCCCACCUCCGUGCAGCAGAAACUGGAGUUGUUGCAGGCCAAGCAUCGGGACCGCGACCACCACCCCGAUGACGACAAGGACGACGGACUGGGCCCGCCCGGCGAGACGGCGGCGGAGCGUCGCGCGCGGCGGCGGCGCACGCGCUGGACGGGCUCCGAGCACGACAAGACGUUCAUCCCCGGCCUGCCCACCGUGCUGCCCUCCACCCUCACCAAGGACCAGGAGGAACAGUACCUGCUGCAGCUGCAGAUCGAGGAGGUCAGCCGCAAGCUCAGAUCCGGCGACCUCGGCAUUCCGGCCAACGUCGAAGAGAGAUCACCAUCGCCGGAGCCCAUAUACUCGACGGACGGCAAGAGGCUGAACACCCGCGAGUACAGGACCAGGAGGAAGCUCGAGGAAGAGAGACAUAGGCUGGUGCAGAGGAUGCAGCAGGUCAACCCUGAGUUCAAACCUCCGCCCGACUACAAGCCGCCGAUAAUAAGGGUGCACGACAAAGUGAUGAUACCCCAGGAGGAGCACCCCGAUAUCAACUUCGUCGGACUCCUCAUCGGGCCGCGAGGGAACACUCUUAAAGCGAUGGAAAAGGAAACCGGAGCCAAGAUAAUAAUCCGUGGGAAAGGCUCGGUGAAGGAGGGCAAGGUGGGGCGCAAGGACGGGCAGCCGCUGCCCGGCGAGGACGAGCCGCUGCACGCCUACAUCACCGCCACCAACGCAGACUGCGUCAAGAAGGCCGUCGAGAAGAUCAAAGAAGUGAUCCGCCAAGGCGUGGAGGUGCCGGAAGGUCAGAACGACCUCCGCCGGAUGCAGCUCCGCGAGCUGGCGCAGCUCAACGGCACGCUGCGGGAGCACGACGCCGCGCGCUGCGCCAACUGCUCCGCCACCGACCACAAGACCUGGCUCUGUCCCGACAAGCCCAACGUCACCUCCGCCAUCGUCUGCUCCUCCUGCGGCGGCGCCGGCCACAUCGCCAGGGACUGCCGCGCCCGCAGACCCGGCCACCACCAACCCGAUAAGGUACUAAUUACAUCCAAAAGUACAGAUAAUUAUGUAGAUUGUAAAUAA